AGUGUGGUUUAGGUGGCGGCAGAGUGCGGGAGUGUCUUGCCGUGGCUCUCUCUCUCUCUCCCAGCUUACUGUGCCUCUCCCACCUCUCCCACCCACCUCCUUUCUUUGUGCUAUCCCUCUUUAUCGCCGCCUCUCCCUGCGCUCUCCUUUCGCCAUGACCCAGGUGACGCCCCCAACCCGGAGCUCACCUGGGAGAGGAGAGGGAGAGAGGAACGAAUAGCAAAAGAGGGAGAGAGAGACUAAGAAACGAUAUAUAAACCGACUAUAGUGAGAAUGCUUUUGGUGUUUUAUUCAUGGGAGAUGUGGUGAUGGAAUCGCCAUGCUUGGAAUCGAACCCCUCGGCGCGUGACGGCCUCAAGCACCGCCCUGCCAGGAAGCGAUGAGACGAGGGUGAAGUGCAGUGCCAGGAAGCGAUGUGGAGAUAAGGGCGCGCCUGUACCGUGGCCGCCCCCGCCCUUUCAGUACGAGCGCCCGUGUUCCCGUGUGGUGGGCCAGAAGCGCCCACACCCACGUGCAGCCUGCGCCUCCCUCCCCCCAGCUGCUCGUUCCCCCUACCCACGAUGCCCCCGCCGGGUUGUGGGGCUCAAGAGCGUGCAUUAAGGGCAAGGCGGCGGCGGGUGCAGCGGUGAUGGCGUCCUGCUGGCGGGGCAUGGGCGUCCUGCUGGGGACAUGUGUGCCUUCCCGCCCUACGGACCCUCCCCACCAUCCCGCCCACACCCCUACGCCACGGCCUUCCGCUGCCCCCGCCCCCCACGCGUCGCCCACCCGUCCGUCCACCACGGCGUCGGGGCGAACUUUGAGUGUGUCUCCCAGCCACACCCGCCGCCACCACCACCACCACCAUCACCACCAGCAGCAGCAGGCGCAGCAGGCGCAGCAGCAGGAAGGAGCAGGAGCGAGAUACCUGGUGGUGCGGCCUGCCACCUCCACGCCGCCCUCCCCGCGCCGCCGCCACGCCCGUUCGCACGUGGCCAGCGUCAGCAGCGGACACGGGGAGGGGCGGCCCGGCCGUGCGGCAGAUGUGGAGGGUACAACGCCUCUCCUCUUGCUCUCUCAGGCGCUCCACCUCCCUCCCCCUCCACCACACCUCGCCUCCCUCAUCUACACCUACGGUUUCAAAUGUCCUAUCUGUUCCAAAGUGGUGUUGCCUGACGACCUGGAGUGCCACCUGGUCAUCUGCCUCACCAAACCACGCAUCAGCUAUAAUGAGGAUGUAUUGACAGAGGACAAGGGGGAGUGUGUGAUCUGCCUGGAGGAGCUCUGUCAGGGGGACACCAUUGCUCGAUUACCCUGCCUCUGCAUCUAUCAUAAGUCUUGUAUCGAUGAGUGGUUCCAGGUGAACCGUUCGUGCCCUGAACACCCGUAUGACUGAUAACUCCUAUGCACAUUUGUAUUAAAAAAUAAUCAUAAAACAAAAAAACAAAAGAAAAAUGCCUAUGUGCCAUUAUCGUGUGCCAGCCGAGUGGUGGUGUGCCGGGCUGGGCGGCAGGGGGCGGCACCACCCUCGGCCCUGGGGGGGAGGACUUGUGCCCCUGAAUUGUGCUGUGUCAUAUUGUAAGUGUUAGAUGGGACAAAGAAACCAGAGAGGAAGAGGAGGAGGAAGAUAAAGAGGAUGAUGAUGAACAGGAGGAGGAAGAAGAGGAGAUGCGUGUACAUGUGUGUGUGUGUGUAGAGGAUAAACCACAGCCACAUGUGUGUGUGUGUGUGUGUGUGUGUGUGUGUGUGUGUGUGUGUGUGUGUGUGUGCAUGUCACAUGUGAGCAUCAAGGAGGAAAUGCCUGCCUGCCUUGCAUCAUCGACUCACCAAUCGGCUGCAAGACAAGGAGGAGAGCGGCAAUGCUGACUGAGAAAUGGAGAGGUGGUGUGCUGUGAACUGGUGUGCUGCUGUGCUGCCUUCACCUCUUCUCAAGCCCCUCACAGCAUCUACAGGAGUCUCCACCACUAGCACACUCUUUGUUCUGCAGCUCCCUUCCCUCACACCCUUGCCCUGGCCUCUGUUCCCCUGUAGCAGCACCAAGGGGCAUGAGAGGCUGGUCUUGUCCCUCCAGUGACCUGAUCAGAGUGUCAAGUUUAUUAUUAACAAAGAAAGAGAGGAAAGUGGAGAAGGAUAAGUGGUUAUGAUUCUUUCUUUAGUGAUUUAUUUGGCCAUAAAGACAAGUGUUGAGUGUGUCAAGUUUAUUAUUAUUAGCAAAGAAAGAGGAGAAAAUGGAGAGGAAUAACUGGUUUGACUCUUUGUUAUUAUUACUCUUUCUUUAGUAGUUUAUUUGGCCAUAAAGACAAGUGUUGUUUUCUGUGGGAAGUGUUAGCAGUCCCAAUAAUGCUGUGGAAGUGAUGUGGUUUUGACUGCUGGCAUUGGUGAAGCGACAUACGAGUGAUUUAGUUCUUAGUUCUGUAAUGUUAAAUGUUUUGAUUUAUUUGAACUGUUAAUCAUAUGGAAGCUUCUUAGUGAACAAGUCUUCUGGUCCUCUUGUCAUCCACCAGAAAAUAUUUAUUUGUGUGUA